AUGGAGGAAGAUUGCUGCGCCACGCAACUCAUCUAUGGAGAUGGUAAGUUUAAUGCUGAUGGGCUCCAGAGGUUCGUCAAGGAAGUGAAGCUUGCUGAGUGUGGAGUCUCCUAUGGUGUUGUAGCCAUCGUGGGUCCUCAGAGCAGCGGGAAGAGCGCUUUACAGAACCAUCUGUUCACUACUCAAUUUGCAAACAGUAGAAGGAGCCAAACUACGAAGGGUAUAUGGAUAGCCAAGUGUGUUGGCAUUGAGCCUUGCACAAUUGCCAUGGAUUUGGAGGGUACUGAUGGCAGGGAGAGAGGCCAGGAUGAUACAUUCAAGAAGCAAAGCACCCUAUUUGCUCUGGUAGUUUCAGACAUUGUGCUGAUAAAUAUCAAAGGCUAUUCAAAUUAUGCACCCAUAAUUAAUGGUCCUGAAUCACAGCUAACAAGGCAGGAAAUGUUCAAAAGGUCUCUUGACGGGCAAGAAAAACCUUUUCUUGAAACAUUUUUUCAGGUCGUGAUGCGCUUUGGCAUCCCUCGUAAAACGAUGUUACUGUUUGUUAUACACGAUAAUUCAAAGACCCCGUUUCAACAUUGGCACCCUGGUUCGAGGAAAUUUAUACUGAAUGUAUUAUUCGGUAAAGCGCUAGAGGAGAUAUGGAAUGGAGUUCCGAAGCCCCAAGCCCAUAAAAGUACCCGCUUCAGUGAUUUCUUUAGCGAAGAAGUAGUUGUUUUGUCUAGUUAUGAAGAGAAGGAGAAGUUUAAGGAGGAGGUUACUGAACUGAGGCAGCGGUUGUCCCAUUCUAUUUCUCCAGGGGGGUUUUCUGGUGAUAGAAGGGGUCUUGUCCCUGCCUCAGGAUUUUCCUUUAGUGCACAACAGAUUUGGAAAGUAAUCAAAGAGAACAAGGACCUGGAUCUUCCCACUCACAAGGUUAUGGUUGCCACUGUUCGGUGUGAAGAGAUUGCAAACCAGAUAUUCAAUCAAUUGAUAUAUGAUAAGGGUUGGUUGGCAUUGAAAGAAGCUGUCCAAACUGGUCCUGUACAAGGUUUUGGUAAAAGGCUCAGCUCCAUUCUAGGCACCUAUCUUUCGAAAUAUGACAUAGAGGCCAUCUACUUUGACGGAGGUGCAAGGAACUCAAAACGACAACUUUUGGAGUCAAAAGCGUUGGAUUUUGUUUACCCUGCAUACACGACCAUGUUGGGACAUGUACGUUCCAAAGCGCUUGAAGAUUUUAAAGUGAGGCUGGAGCAAUCAUUAAACAAAGGAAGAGGAUUUGCUACAUAUGUUCGUAUCUGUACUCACUCUUCCAUGCUUGAGUUUGACAAAGGAUGUGCAGAUGCUGUCGUAAUACAAGCUAGUUGGGAUGCUUCAAGAGUUCGCGAAAAACUUCGACGUGAUAUAGAUGCACAUGCAUCAUCCGUUUGUAGUGCAAGGUUGUCAGAAUUGAAUGUGAACUAUGAGCAACAACUGUCUGCAUCUUUAACUGGACCAGUAAAGACUCUACUUGAAACUGGUGGAAAAGACACUUGGGCUUUAAUAAGAAAACUUCUUAAUCGUGAAACUGAAGUUGCUAUAUCAGAGUUUUCAACUGUAGUUGCCGAUUUUGAGUUGGACAAAGCAACAAUUGCCCAAAUGUUGCAACAUUUAAGGGAUUACUCAAGGAAUGUGGUGGAGAAAAAAGCAAGGGAAGAGGCUACGAAAAUUAUGAUCCACAUGAAGGAUCGGUUUUCCACAGUCUUCAAUUAUGACAGUGAUUCAAUGCUUCGGGUUUGGACUGGUAAAGAAGACAUUAGAAGUAUUACCAAGGAUGCUCGCUCUGCGUCUAUGAAGCUUUUGUCCGUCAUGGCUGCCAUCCGCUUGGAUGAGAAGCCAGAUCAUAUUGAAAAAGUUCUCUUUUCUUCUCUAAUGGAUGGAGCUGUUACUGUUUCAUCUUCACAAGAUAGGGAAAUCGGAGCCUCUGUAGACCCUCUCGCCUCAAGCAAUUGGGAAGAGGUUUCUUCAAAGAAUACCUUAAUUACUCCAGUGCAGUGCCAGUCCUUGUGGAGACAGUUCAUAGCGGAGACUGAGAAUGGUGUCACACAAGCUAUUUCAGCACAUGUUAUGGCUGCUACUGCUCGGUGUGAAGAGAUAGCCAACCAGAAAUUCAGUCAGUUGAUCUUCGAUGAGGAUUGGCUGGCAUUGGAAGAAGCUGUCCAAAUUGGCCCCGUACAAGGUUUUGGUAAAAGGCUCAGCUCCAUUUUAAGCACCUAUCUUUCUAAAUAUGACACAGAGGCCACCAUCUACUUUGACGAAGUUGCAAGGAACUCAAAACGACAGCUGUUGGAGUCAAAAGCGUUGGAUUUUGUUUACCCUGCGUACACGACCAUGCUGGGACAUGUACAUUCUAAAGCACUUGAAGAUUUUAAAGUGAGGCUGGAACAAUCGUUAAACAAAGGAGAAGGAUUUACUUUAUCUGUUCGUACCUGUUCUCAGUCUUCUAUGCUUGAGUUUGACAAAGGAUGUGCAGAUGCUGCCAUACAACAAGCUAAUUGGGAUGCUUCUAGAGUUCACGAAAAACUUCAACGUGAUAUAGAUGCACAUGCAUCAUCCAUUUGUAGUGCAAAGUUGUCAGAAUUGAAUUUCAAUUAUGAGAGACAACUGUCUGCAUCUUUAACUGGGCCAGUAGAGGCUCUACUUGAAACUGGUGGAAAAGACACUUGGGGUUCAAUAAGAAAACUACUUAAUCGUGAAACUGAAGUUGCAAUAUCAAAGUUUUCAACUGCAAUUUCCGAUUUUGAGUUGGACAAAGAAACAAUUGCCAAAAUGUUGCAACAUUUAAGGGAUUACUCAAGGAAUGUGGUGGAGAAAGUUGCAAGAGAAGAGGCUAUAAAAAUUAUGAUCCACAUGAAGGAUCGGUUUUUCAGAGUCUUCAAUUGUGACAGUGAUUCAAUGCCUCGGGUUUGGACUGAAAAAGAAGACAUCAGAAGUAUUACCAAGGAUGCUCGCUCUGCAGCUUUGAACCUUUUGUCAAUCAUGGCUGCCAUCCGCUUGGAUGAGAAGCCAGAUAAUAUUGAAAAAGUUCUCUUUUCUUCUAUGUUGGAUGGAACUGUUAUUGUUUCAUCUUCACAAGAUAGGAGAAUAGGAGCUUCUGCAUACCCUCUUGCCUCAAGCACUUGGGAAGAGGUUUCUACAAGAGAUACCUUAAUUACUCCAGUGCAGUGUAAGUCCUUGUGGGAAGAGUUCAAAAUAGAGACUGAGUUUAGUGUCACUGAAGCUAUUUUAGCGCAGGAGGCUUACAAACAGAGUAACAACUGGUUGCCUCCUCCGUGGGCUACUAUGGCGAUUGUCGUUCAUGGUUUCAACCAAUUUAUGCACCUUUCAAAGUAAUUAUGGCCGUUCAUAGUACUAAGUUUGUGCACAUUGUUAAUUACUUGGAAGUCCCAACUGUCUUGUCCAUCUGACAAACAAUGUUCCGUUCUCUUCAAA